AGCUCGGUGCUGGCAUGGCUGGCUCUAGCAUCACCUCCGGCGCUGGCAGGCCAAGCCCGAGCAGAAGGCAUUCUCGGGUGGCGAGCUUGCCCAGCAUGAAGACCCCUCCGAUCCUUGGUCCGGGUACCACGCAAGAGAUCAACAGUUUUGCCCCCACUGGCAGCUUCAGCCUGAGUCUUGGGCCCAAAGCGCGCGAGCGACAGAACCAGCAUCAGACCAACCAGGUCGACCAGCAAGUCCAAGACGACCGCAUGCGCCAGCAUCCUCAAAUGUCGUACUCGAGCGUGCGGACGACGCUGCACGGGGACGCCGACGACCUCAAGAGCUACGAGCAGGCUGUCUUGGCCAGGAAGGCGCCUACAAUCUUGAACUUGGUUCCGAAGCGACGAGGCACGAUGCCUGCGGGUUCCAGCGCACCAGACGUCAAGAGACAGGUCAACAUGAGCCCGCCACAUUUUGCGCAGGCGGCUGGUACCGUGGGAAAUUUGACCCCUAUACCUUCCUCAGUCAGGCAAACUCAGCACCAGCAGACAUCCGACCCCUCCAGCAAGAUAGGCGACUUACUCAAUCGCGAACGGCCGAGUAGCUUGUCGAGCAGUCUGGCAGAUGUCUUCGGGUCGCCUCAGCAGCAGCAUCAGCAGCACCAUCAUGAGCAACAACACGAUCAUCACUAUCCUGCUCAAGACCAGUAUCGCAUGCACCAACAAGCCGAGCCGUCUUCUGAUUCCCCGCGCGAGUCGUCGGUUGGUGCGGACUCGGAUAGUGCGGCGUCGGCGUCGUACCGGCCGUCCUUCAAGCGCCUAGCCUCUCAAACACUGGGCCCGCCGAACGCCAAGCGUGCGUUACUCGGCCCUGCGGGCUGGGACGACGUCCGUCACGGUUCGGAGGAGUCAGAGGCUAUCGAAGAGGACGACGAGCUCGACGAGGACGACGCGACGUCGAAGCGGUUCUCCAAGAGCGGUUAUGACGGGCGCAGAAGGUUCAGCAUGCCUGCACGCACAGACGACGCCAUCACGCUUCCCCCGAUUCGGCCCGCUGCAGUCGGCCAUGACUAGCUCCUUUUCCUCUUUGCAUGCGCGUACGAGGCCGUUGGACCCUCGUUAGAAUGUGAUACGGGCGGCUCGUACCAGCAUAUAUCGCACGAAUAUUUUCUCCCCCAAGUCAGCUGUCUCGUGUCUUCUGGCACUUAUUGUAGUCGUCGGCCGCUAAUAUGUAGCAUCUUCCACUUCUGUUCCGUUCCUCCUCUACGUCUAGUUGUCUUUCUCAACGUGAUUGUUCAACGUGUAUUAUAGUUUUC